AUGACGGCCACUUACAAUGGCACUGCGGGGACCGCGGACGAGGGCUACUCGUCCGGGGUUCAUGACCUCAAUAUUUUCUACGACACGGGCCACCUCGCCUUCCUCACCAUCUCGGCCGUGCUCGUGCUGCUCAUGAUUCCCGGCGUGGGCUUCUUCUACAGCGGACUCGCGCGGCGCAAGUCGGCCCUGCAGCUGGUUCUGCUGUCGAUGCUCUCCGUCGCCGUCAUCGGCUUUCAGUGGUUCUUCUGGGGCUACUCGCUCACCUUUUCGCGCACCGGCAACGCCUUCCUCGGCGACCUGACGCAGUUUGGCCUGAUGAAGACCAUCGGCGAGCCCAACGGCUCGGCCUUUUUGCCCGACAUUCUCUUUUGUCUGUACCAGGGCAUGUUUGCCUCGAUUACUCCCGCCCUGGCCAUCGGCGCCGUGGCAGACCGCGGCCGCGUGCUGCCCGCCAUCGUCUUCAUGUUCGUCUGGUCGACCGUCGUGUACGACCCCAUCGCGUACUGGACCUGGAACGCCAACGGCUGGCUCUUCAAGCUCCCCGCGUACGACUUCGCCGGCGGCGGCCCCGUGCACAUCGCCUCGGGCUCGUGCGCCCUGGCCUACAGCCUCAUGCUCGGCAAGCGCGCCGGCUACUCGCGCAACGCCGGCCUGCCGUACCGCCCGCACAGCGUCACCAACGUGGUCCUCGGCACCGUCUUCCUCUGGGUCGGCUGGUUCGGCUUCAACGGCGGCUCCGCCCUCGCCAUGAACAUCCGCGCCGUCAUGGCCUGCUACGUCACCAACCUGGCCGCCUCGUGCGGCGGCAUCACCUGGGUUCUGCUCGACUACCGCCUCGAGCGCAAGUGGAGCACCAUCGGCUUCUGCUCCGGCGCCAUCGCCGGCCUCGUCGCCAUCACCCCCGCCGCCGGCUUCGUCACCCCUUGGGGCUCCGUCAUCAUCGGCAUCGUCGGCGCCAUCUGCUGCAACUUUGCCACCAAGCUCAAGUUCCUCAUCGGCGUCGACGACGCUCUCGAUAUCUUUGCCGUCCACGGCAUCGGCGGCAUGGUCGGCAACAUCCUGACGGGCAUCUUUGGCACCUCCGCCAUCGCUGGCCUCGACGGCAACGAGUACGCCCCGAUCGGCUGGAUCCAGCACAACUGGAUCCAGCUCGGCUACCAGCUCGCAGGCAUCUGCGCUGCCUUCAGCUGGUCCUUUGUCCUGACUUGCAUCAUCCUCUUCCUCAUGAACCUCGUCCCCGGACUGUCGCUCCGCGUCUCCGCCGACGACGAGGACGUCGGCAUCGACGACUGCCAGCUCGGCGAGUUCGCCUACGACUAUGUCGAGCUGCGGCGCCAUGUCGCCGACACCACCGGCCACGUCUCGGACCGCAUCGCGUCUUCGAGCAGCAGCACCGCAGGCGAAAAGGUUGUGCCCGCGGUUGUCUAA